CUAGUGUAACUUCUAGACAUAAUAAGACUUUACACCUCAUGUCUCACGAUGGCGAGCGCAGUGGAAUAUCAAAGAAAACUUUGUAAUUUAAGGUCUUAGAUGGUAUUUCUACUGUUUAUGAACGGUCGUAUCGCUUACUACCAGGCGAAGUGCAAGCUAGUCUUGUCAUUCAAAGCAAUAAAAAAAAUCAAUAUUCGUUUUUGGUUCAGAGAGCGAUAAACUACAUUCCACAAAAUAUUUUUGCUUCAUUUCUUCCACAGGGAAUAAUUCCGUUGUUAUUUAAAGAUAAGAUCUUUCCUAGAAACAUUUAAAAUUCUUGUCUGUCACUGACCUACGACUAAUUACGUUAUUUCACGCAUAUUUAAGGUCGAAGCACACAUACUAAGUGGUCAUUAGCAACAUGAAUUUCAAUGGCAUUCACUUAGCGUGCAUGUUAUUAUUGAUUUCUGUUAGUUAUGUUUUGGGGAUAUUUUUAAUACCAUCAGUGUCUGAAACUGGGAUCAAUGCUGUACGGAAAUCGACGAGAUGGAACCUACCAUGGCUGCCUGGUUACAUACGAUGUAAUGGAUGCCCGCCGCGAGGUUGUGAAGACGAUGAGGCUAUCAUCCAUGGAUAUUGUUGCGGCUGUGCUUAUUCGCGAGAUCGCUUGCCUGUGCUGUGUCCGGAGUUCCUGCAGUGCCCGCUCAAUCUGCAUGGACUGUGUCAUGACUACGAGUACAUGAUGAGAUGCUGUUGUUGACAUUGAUUUAUCUAGCAAUAUUGUUAUCAGGGUAUCCAUUCUGUUCUAUAAUGCAAGUCCGUUACAUUACACACAGAAACUCACGCUUUUUAUCUCCGAAGGGGUAGGCAGAGGCGCAACUUGUGCACUCACACUUCGCCGUGUGUAUUCCGUCUCAUGAUGUUAUAGGUGGCUUAUAUACCUUAUCGCCAUUACGGUCACAAAUCCAUCUCCGGGCUCGUACCGAGUAGAGUUUCUCAUCAAUUACUUUGCUCUCCACAGAAAAACCUAAAGUUACUGCCUGACCCGGGAAUCGAACCCAAUAUCUCAGCACUGCAGUCAUAUCGCAAUAACUACGCCACUGAGGCAGUCUGUUACUUUACUAUUAAAUAUAAUAUGAAGUAUAAAAAGGUGUAUUAUUAAUAGGCUUAUUUUUAAUGUUUAUAGUUUAUAUAGACGUAGAUAAGCACUAAAGGACAGGUGGUUCAAAUAAAACAUCUUUCUAUAG